CCUUCUGAUUCUUACAAGUUGGCCGUGACUACAUUAUCUCAAUCUCUGGCUCAGUACUCUGCAGCCAUCAUCCAGUUUCCAACUAGCGAUGGAGCUCUCCUUAGAUCUGGUCUUGAUUCUGCUCGGCUCUAUUUUCACCAGAGAGAUUCAUAUCCAGCCGCUAAUGAUAAUAUGAUCCACACAAAUGAUUCAAGUGAUUGGUGCAAGACCUCUGGCUACUAUGCUGAUCCUCAGUCGUGGCAAGAGAGUUACGAGUAUAGACCCGGUUUGAGUCCCACUGAGCCAACCAAUUCUAUGGAGUUCCCUCCAUCUGGUUUGCCUGAUAUCUUUGCUUUACUAGGCAAAGCUGCUCGUGUAGUUCUUGAUGCCAUUGGUUUCUAUUUGAACUUGAGAAGCUGUCCUUUUACUGAGAUUCUUGAUAAUGUUCCUUUGAGGAGUAAUGAGAUAUCGUCCUCUGUGUUGUCUGUUUGCUGUUAUGCUAGGCCGUCAUUUCAUGGAGCACAGCACCAUAACUUAACAGAAGACGAGCAGCUUAUCCUGUAUUCAGACCAUGAUCACCAGCUUGACAAGAGUCUCAUCUCGUUUGUGAAAUCAGACAAGGCAGGGUUGCACAUUAGGGACAUGCAUGGGCAAUGGAUUUUAGUUGAUAUGGAUCUUGGUCCUCGAGAGGCUGUUGUAUACCCGGGGCUAGCUCUUUACCAGGCUACAGCAGGGUAUGUGAGUCCUGCAGUUCACAGAACCGAUUUAAACAGUAUGCAAGGAAGUAUAGAAGGGAGGUUCUCCUUGGCCUUCAAACUCAUGCCAAAAUCAAUGACCAAUCUGAGUUGCUCAGAGAUGAGAGCUGCAGGUCAUGGUGUUGAAGCUCAGUUUCAGCUCCCUGUUUCGGUCGAUGACUUCAUGCAGAGACCUCACUCAAACGAUGAACUCUUUAACAGACAGACUUUGCAAAGCUUCAGCGUCCCUCAAUCCCAGGAUGGGUCAAUGAAACAGAUGAAAAAGCGGAGGAAGAGCGAUUCCAGAUGCAAACCACUACCACCAUCAAAGCGGCUGAGAUUAGAAGCGCAGAGAGUUCUGAAGGAACGAGUUCAGGAGAUUGCAGACAAAAAGGGAAUCAAGCUCAGAUUCUGCAACCUCAAGGAGUGCGAGAACAACCACAAUGUAAUGAACAGCCCUUGUGCGAAUAUAAAAAGGGAGAUUGGGUGGCCGCAUGGAGUUCCAUUUGUUCAUCCUCACGACCUCCCCAAUAAAGCUAAAAUCGGUUUCCUUGAGACAUAUGAACCAGGAUGGUCUGAAACACAUGACAUGGAGCUCAAUCUCUCUGAAACCGCUCAGGGGAACCAACAUGUGACUAACUGUAACCAUUCUUUCACCCAAUAACUCGUGGUCCUUCCACUGAAACUUAAUUCCGAGGUUACCAGUUCAUUUAUUUGAUUGCGGGAGAUGAGACAAUGAGAGUACCAGUUUUGGUCCCUUGUGUUUCUUGAUUGUUCAGAUCAGGUUUCAGUGUCAGUGGUUGCACACGCUGUGUAUGAGCUAGAGAACAGCAAGAUGAGAUAGAGCUAUGUGAAUUACUCCUACUAUUUGACUUAUUGUACAUUGUGUCUUUGUAUGGUAUACAAGUAUAGCAUGUACCGAGAUUCUCAUCUAUGAUCAAAAAUCAUUUCAUGUUGUAUUA